AGAAAAUGCACAAAUUGACACAUCGGUUUGGUCUGACACUUUUUGUUCUAUUAUCGCUUUAUUUUGUUUCCAGACGGUUUAAUGUUGAUAACGCUGAAGAGAUCUCCACUAAAGCUUUUAUAAAGCCAUUCAUCAGCUAUGCACCAAGCUUUUUUACGGCUCCUGAUAAUAAACUCAUAGCAUGUGAAAUCAGCAAAUCCAUGUCUCAAUUAACGCUAAAUCUAAUGUGUUUAUUGUACAAUGAAACACAGUAUUUGGCGGAUAAUAACAGUUUUAGUGACACCUGGGCAACAAGUAACAGAAGCUGCACCAAAGAAUUCAACUUUUUGAAUCCAUCAGAAGUCUUGAAAAUUGAUAAGAACACGGUUCGGUUUGCUUUCGUACGGGAUCCGUUUCGCCGCUUUGUGUCAUUAUACUUGAAUAAAUGCGUUAACAAAAACGAGUGCUAUGAUUGUGGAAGCGAUAUGCGGUGCGUUGUAGAAAAAAUCUACAAUUCGUUUUACGAUAUACAAAAUAGUCGGAAUGAAACAUUAAAGAUUGGUCAUAUUGAGGCACAUGCUGCUCCAGUUACUUGGAAUUGCAACUUCCAUCAGGGAAUCGAGAAAUGGGAGCUGCUGGCAAUGGGCUCAGAUACCGAAGAGAGAGUUUCAUCGGCUGCAAGACUCGCCGACAUUUUAAGAAAACAAGGAGUCCGAGGUUCUCUAGUAGAGAAAAUCCACAAAAAUAUUUUAACUGCCGAAACCGCCCAUUCUACUCACAAAUCGAGCAACCGCUAUGAAGCUGAACGGCAGGUUCGAGAAGAUCCGUUUGUUCGUGAUUACCUGCACAAAAUUUAUUUAUUCGAUUAUCUUGUGUUUCCAUUUGAUAGAAGAGUAUUAGACACGGCAUAUCAGAAGAUUGACUCAAAGUUGUUCUUAGAAGAAGUUGCGAAAUGA